AUGUGCGGGCGAGAAGAUGGCGGCAGCGGGGGAAGCAGCGUGAGGAGUCGGGCGAGCGACGAGGUUCAUUGAAACGGGCCGCCAUGGCCCUCCGCGGCCCACAGUAUGUAUGGCAGAGAAAACUGAAAUGGAAGUAGUGGCAUGAGUCAGCAGAAAGUAUAUUUUUGGAGAUUUUAGCCCUGAUGAAUUCAAUCAGUUCUUUGUGACUCCUCGCUCUUCAGUUGAGUGUGAAGAAUACUGGGGUGCCCCUGCAUGGUGGAAAUAUGUGCAGCUCUCAAGUCCUGAAUGCGCUUCCUCCAUACAAUGGAACUGUUCUGUGUGGCACACAGGCUACCGAUGAGCUACCCGAUGGACAAGAGUAUCAAAGAAUUGAGUUCGGCGUUAAUGAAGUGAUUGAACCCAGUGACACGUUGCAGAGAGCUCCCAACUACAGUAUUUCAAGCACAUUGAAUCCUCAGGCCCCUGAAUUUUUUCUUAGUUGCACAGCUUCCAAAAACACCCCUGAUGAUGUAGACAAAGAAGCGAACUGCAGCUCCGUUGACUGCCAGUACCCAGGCUCUUCCCUUGAUCUGGACGGCAGUCCCAAUGCGGAGGUGGAAAUUUUGGAAAAUGAUGGCGUCUCAGGUGGUCUUGGACAAAGGGAGCGUAAAAAGAAGAAAAAACGUCCCCCUGGAUAUUAUAGUUACUUGAAAGAUGGCAGCGAGGGUAGUAUUUCUACAGAAGCCCUGGUCAAUGGCCAUGCCAAUCCCGUAGUCCUGAACAGUGUGGGCACAGAGGAUGUAGAGUUGACGGGCGAUAUGCCCUUGCUGGGGACACCCAGGACUUGUAGCAGCCCUCAGGACUCCACAGACUUCGUCAGUGACGAUGUGCCUGGUGGCUCUUUCCCCCGAGCCCUGGACAGCAACGCUAGGACUGCAGGGCAGCCCGAGGGCUGCCAGGGGCCUGACUUUGAACAGUCCUGCCUCCCUGCAGAGGCUGGCAGGGACAGCCUGUUGAGGACAGCUGUGGCUCACCCUUAUGUUGGGACUGAUACUACUGAAAACCUUGGAGUUGCUAAUGGACAGAUACUUGAAUCCUUGUGUGAGGGCUCAGCUGCCAAUGGGGUGGAGCUGCACACUGUGGAAAGCACGGACUCGGACCCAGCUAAAGCCGAGAGCACUUCCCCUCCUGCCGAUGCCCUGGCCUCUGUGGCUGGCUCCACUCCCGUCAGUCAGCCUAAGUCAUGGGCCAGUCUUUUCCAUGAUUCUAAGCCCUCUUCCUCCUCGCCCGUGGCUUCUGUGGAAACUAAGUAUUCCCCUCCUGCCACGUCUCCCCUGGUCUCUGAAAAGCAGGCUGAAGUCAAGGAAGGGCUUGUUCCAGUUUCAGAGGAUCCCGUAGCCAUAAAGAUUGCAGAGUUACUGGAGAAUGUAACACUAAUACAUAAACCGGUAUCGCUGCAACCCCGCGGACUGAUCAACAAAGGAAACUGGUGCUACAUUAAUGCCACACUGCAGGCACUGGUUGCUUGCCCUCCGAUGUAUCACCUGAUGAAGUUCAUUCCUCUGUAUUCAAAAGUGCAAAGACCUUGUACGUCCACGCCCAUGAUAGACAGCUUUGUUCGGCUAAUGAAUGAGUUUACUAAUAUGCCAGUACCUCCAAAACCCAGACAAGCUCUUGGGGAUAAAAUCGUGAGGGAUAUCCGCCCUGGAGCUGCCUUUGAACCCACAUAUAUUUAUAGACUCCUGACAGUCAUCAAGUCGAGCCUGUCUGAAAAGGGUCGACAAGAAGAUGCUGAGGAAUACUUGGGCUUUAUUCUAAACGGGCUUCAUGAGGAAAUGUUGAACCUCAAGAAACUUCUCUCGCCGAAUAAUGAAAAGCUUACUGUUUCCAAUGGACCCAAAAGCCACUUGGAGAACGAGGAAGAGCAGGAGGAACCAGGCGAAGGAAGCGAGGACGAGUGGGAGCAAGUGGGCCCCAGAAAUAAGACUUCAGUCACGCGCCAGGCGGACUUCAUUCAGACUCCAAUCACCGGCAUUUUCGGGGGACACAUCAGAUCUGUGGUUUACCAGCAGAGUUCAAAAGAAUCUGCCACUUUGCAGCCAUUUUUCACGUUGCAGUUGGAUAUCCAGUCUGACAAGAUACGUACAGUCCAGGACGCACUGGAAAGCUUGGUGGCGAGAGAAUCCGUCCAAGGUUACACCACGAAAACCAAACAAGAGGUUGAGAUCAGCCGCAGAGUGACUCUGGAAAAACUGCCUCCUGUCCUCGUGCUGCACCUGAAACGCUUUGUCUAUGAGAAGACCGGCGGCUGUCAGAAGCUUAUCAAAAACAUUGAGUAUCCUGUGGACCUGGAAAUUAGUAAAGAACUGCUUUCUCCAGGAGUUAAAAGUAAGAAUUUUAAAUGCCACAGAACCUAUAGACUAUUUGCAGUGGUCUACCAUCACGGCAGCAGUGCGACGGGUGGUCAUUACACUACAGACGUCUUCCAGAUCGGUCUGAACGGCUGGCUGCGCAUCGAUGACCAGACGGUCAAGGUGAUCAGCCAGUACCAGGUGGUGAAGCCCACUGCAGACCGCACAGCCUACCUCCUCUAUUACCGCCGAGUGGACCUGCUGUGACCGCCGCUGCGCUGUGUGCCCACGCCCGCUUGUAGAACACCACUCCCACUGACUCCCUCCCUCUCUCCGGUGGUGCCCUGGAGAGAGCUCCCUCCCUCUGGCAGAAACGGGCUCCAGUGAAAAGGAGAUGCCUUGCAGUUCGUGCGCAACAUAGUGUGUGUUGACUUCCAACUUCCAAAUCAAAAUCAUUUGGUCGAAACAGACUCUCGCUUGAUUUAAGAAAAUACACAAAAAUCCAUAAUUCUGAAAUAAUGGUGAUUCCUGAGUAAGAAGGAGAACUUGUCUUUGAUUCCUAGUCUGAUUGCUUAGAAUAAAUUCUGCACCAGCAACACUUGUAAAUUUGUGAAAAUGAAUUUUAUCUUUCCUUAAAAAAUGAAUUUUUUAGUCCAUCACACUUUCCUCCCCCACCCUUUAGUUUUUGAUAAAUGAUAAGAAUGAGCCAGUUAUCAGAGAAGAAACAGUUCUUCAAAAGAAAAAUAAACACAAAAAAAUCAGUUGCUGGUUCCUAAAAAUACAUUUUAAUAAUUGUGUGAUGAGAAACUGCUUACAUACACAUUACAGAUCAAAUAUUCGGAGUUAAGGUGUUAGUCACGUUGAUGGGUGAUUGUAACUUUAUUGCCAGUAAAAGAUUUCAAAUUGCAUUCAUGCUUCUGUGUACACAUAGUGAAACACGGGCAAAAUAACGAAGAUUGAUCUUUCCUUAAGUCCACUCUGUUCACUUCUGCCUGCUCUUCUACAAUGCCACGUCUCCAGUUGUACACAGUUUAGUGAUACCUAGGAUAUAAAGUCGUCGCCCAUCAAUAAAAAUCACAAAGUUGGUUUAA